UAAAUCCCAGGGCAGCGGGUCCUUCAAGGUUAGCAUUGCAAUUUCAAUUAGCUUCUGAGUGAAAGCUUGGCAUGUGUAUUAGUGAGCAGGGACACAAUUAGCUUAUUCUUCCAUUCCCAACUGUGUUGAGAGGAUCCAAAGGAUUGGUGGGGGAUCAGGCAAGCCAGGCAUCACUGGAUAGUGAAGAAGGGAGUUGCUCAAACCUCGGUAUCUUCACUUGUUCAGGCUGGAAUUACAGAGAUUUAUUACAGAACACUGUGUGUGGCUUGGUGAAGGGUGCCUCCAGAGCACUCCAGAUACCACUCGGGGUUUGCCUUUUUGAGUGCUUCACCGCUCUGUCUUAUUCUCAUCAUUACCAUGGAGCCCAACAGUCCCAAAAAGAUACAGUUUGCUGUGCCUUUAUUCCAGAGUCAGAUUGCUCCCGAGGCAGCAGAGCAGAUCAGGAAAAGAAGACCCACGCCAGCAUCUCUUGUGAUUCUCAAUGAGCAUAAUCCCCCAGAAAUUGAUGAGAAGAGGAUGAGCAACACUCAAGAAGAGUCACAGAAUGCAUCUCCUAAGCAAAGGAAGCAGAGUGUGUACACACCGCCUGCCAUGAAAGGAACAAGCAAGCAAGGAGAAAAGAAGAGAUGGGAAUAGCUAAGAGGCGACUGCAUUAGGGGAAGAUGGAAUCAGAAAAGGCAUGUCCUCCUAUGACUACAUGACAGUCAGCAGACUAAAACUGUGUUCUGAGUCGGUGAUGUAUGAACACAUGUAGCAUGUAAUGACAAACACUGUAACUGAGUAUUUUGUUUUUAAAAACUUGUCCUUAGAAAAUGACCUUUAAAAUCUGUUUUUUAUUUGUUUUUUGCUCUUUAAUUUGGAACUUUCCCCAGGAAAACUAUUCAGCCACAGAUCACUACCUGGAUAAUUUACUCUGCCUAGUGUGUGAAUUGUUACUAUAAAGUGUCACAUACCAGGUUUUUUCUUUUACAGAGAUUUAUGGGAUGUGGUACUACAUUCUCUGGAAUGCUUCCACCAUGUUCUGGGUUAUUUUCUUUUGCUCCUCCAGGUACAAAAUCAAGUUGAUAACAACGGGAAGCCAGCUUGUCAGUGCUCUGUUUCUGCCUGAGCUUGGAAAAGUACAGCACAAACCCACACGCCCCAGCAUCCCCACCCGCUCCCCAAGUGCUAUGGACAACAAGCUGGUCUGCCUCCUGAAGUGCUUUUGAUAUUUUAUGCACAAUGUGGACAUGCUUUUCAGACAUAGUUUAUUAUUUUUUGUGCUAUUUGUCAAGCUCUUUUCCUUGAUUUUAUUUCCCUCUAAAACUAGAAGGGAGAACUUGAAUUUGGAUAAAUUUUAACUGAAUUAUUUUAAUUCUUCUACUUGUGAAAUCUGAGACUUCUCUUAUAAUGGGGAGGCUUUCAAACUCAUUCCCUUUGUUUCUGUUUCAGAUUCCACCGUGUUUAUUUAUCCCCUUGUUGCUUUUUCAAAUUCCACUGGUCUUGCUUGGGUUUAGUUCCACAGAUCUUUUGGAGGUUUACAUGACUGAGCACUUGGGGCUGUAACAGUGAAAGGGAUAGUAUUGUCCUUACUGUAAAUACAGCUUGUAAACUCUGUUAGCUAAUAUUGGUUCAAUUCUUUACAAUUAAUGAGGUGGAUUCACUUAGGUUUCUCAGUUAGUAAGCUCAUUAAAUGUGUCUAAUAGGUAAGGUUUGCUUUAUAGAUACAGACUUAACUUCACAGAUAAGAAGUGAACUCAUAACCCAACAAGCAUUUCCGUUAGCUGACAUCUAUGUGUGAAACUGUCAGAGCUGUGAGGACAGAAAAGCCUGCUUCCUGAGAACCCAUUGGAUCCCAUGAUUCCUGCAAUGACCUAUAGAGUGAUUCAUAACUAAAUCUCUGGAGUUGCAAGAAUAAAGCACAAGAUAAUUUUCCACAUGUAGCUAAGGUGGAGGAAAGAUUCUUAGUUCUUGAGUUAUUCAGCAUUGACUUAACUAAGGUGACUUGUACAAAACCAAACAAGUAAAGCAACCCUCCUCCAAGUAGCUGGGCAGUUUGUUUUUCUAUUUUUCCUCCUUCUUGUCCUCCUCCAUCUCCCU